AUGGAUGAAGACUUUUGGUCGUUCAUCGAUGGGGUUUUGCCUUCGGACGUAUGCGAUUGCAUGGCAGUAUACGGGCAUGACCACCACCUUGUCAUCUCCCAGGAGGAGAUCAAGGAAAAGCUUUCAACAAAGUAUCUGACGGAGAUUCAUGCUAGUCUUUACUCUCUGACGAGAGCUGCUUCCCCUGAGUACUCAGCCAUGAAAAUUCUGCAUGGGUUGAGGAAACUCUCAGGGGUAAUGAGUGGGCGUGUCGUUGAGCAUCUAGAUCUCAACCUGUUCAAGAAGCUACUUGAGGUUUACAAAUGGAUGGAAUUCAACUCCCCAAAGGCACGAUGCGCAUGUGAAUAUCUCGAAGAAGGCUGCAUGGUUGCUGCAUGGUUGGGUUGUAUGUCUCCAGCUGAAGAGUUGCAUCAAGCGUCAGUCGCGGUGUCCGUCGAGAUCAGCAAGCGAUCCCCAGUCCUGGCCAUCCUUACCAACAUCUUACGGAACGGUGUUGAAAUGCAUAGAAUGAAGGCAGCAGCGAUAUUCAUGCAUCUCAGUAAUUUCACGGGAACCAUCGCGGGUUUCUGUCUGCUGGCCUGGAUCAGCAUCAACGGAGCGCCCUCGAACAAGACCCCAUCUGAAGUUGUGCCACAGCAAAUCUUUGACAUGAUGCUCGAGCUUCUAUCAGCCUCAGUUCGAGGAGAGGAGUUCUGUGGUGUCACCUGGAACCUCAAGGAUAUCUUGAGAAGGGUAGAGACGUUGUUCGAGCUAGACGAACACCGCGUGACAAUGAUCAGCUCAGGGAUGAUCGACAACCUCGUUCUAGUCCAACAGAAGAUAUUCGGGCGGAUUGAUGAAGAAGAAACGGAAACAAUACAAGGGAUUCUGAUCAGAGCGAACAAAUUCAUGCAAACCAACGCCGCAAGGGGAGAUCAUGUCGAUCCCCUCAAGGCUGCCAGCAACGGUCAGGAAGAGAUGAGCUUGCAGCAUAUGAUCAGCUCGUGGGUGAGAACAGGCCAUCCUCACCGGGAGCUUGCGACGAGGUACACGGAGGGAGGGAGUGCCCCGAGGAGCUUGCACGAGAACAAGUGUCAAAGCAUCGACUUGAACGUUGAGAUGGAGGAUCGGCAGGUAAACCCCCCCGACACGAGCCCGAACGUGGUCGACGCAGACAUCGUGAUGAAGUUGAAGUCCCGUGAGGACGAGCGAUCCUGCCAUUCCUUCGUCGAGCCCGUGGGUAAAGGAGCGAGGGCGAGGAUGGGAGGGAGAUUGAUGUUGGCCCCUCCAGAUGAUCAGGCUGCCCGAUCCUUCCUGAGCACUCUGAGAGAGAACGGGAACAGAAGGCCGGCUGUAGAUAAGAUGAGGAACAACAUCGAACACCUCUUGCUCCAUGGGGAGUCGCAUUCACGAUUGCGAGACGCUCACGACAGCAGGAAGAGUGAAAGAGAAAUCGCCGCGCACAGAGCGAACCAAGCUCUUAGCAAGUCUGUCGCAGAGGUAGUCGAUGUACUGCACCGAGACGUGACGAAGAGGAGAUAUCUAUACGAGGCAAUCAUGAAGACGAUUCGAGAUGUGAUUCACUCUUCUCUCACGGACGACCACCUGGCAUCUCCGAGUCCCAAAGCACAUGUUGGUGUUGACUACUACGUCGAGAAGUUCAAUGCUGCACAGCGAGACACGAGGAAAGUGUUGGUGAGAAAGACAAGAUCGGGGUUGACAUCAAUCCCUGUCAUGCUUUAG